GACUCGUACCUGGUCCAGUUCUUCUUGGACCUGAACCAGUACCUGGCCGUGGGUGUCCCCACCUACUUUGUCACCACCGGUGGCUUCGACUUCUCCUCCCCCAACGGCACCAACGCCAUCUGCUCCAGCGCCGGCUGCGACGACGACUCGCUCACCCAGACCAUCCAGAUGGCCACGCGCUUCCCCAACGUGUCCUACCUGGCCAUCCCGGCCACCUCGUGGGUGGACGAUUUCCUGGACUGGCUGAACCCCAUGGGGCCGUGCUGCCGCGUCUACGAGUGUGAGGAGCUCCAGGGCGAGUUCUGCCCUGCCACCGGCG